AUGAUGCGUCAACAUCAUCAUGUUUCCAUCACAAUCUACCACUGCUCUCGUCGGCUUCCCACUCUUCUCUUUCCCUGCCCAACAAUGUCUUUAGCUUCGAGCUUUUUCGAGGGUGCAUCCCAUAUGCAAUUCUUUGGCGGGCAGUCAUUUACGAAUGCAAAUAAAAUCAUCAACAAUAACAACUAUCCAGCAUGCACGGAACUCGAAUCUGAAUCGUCAAGUUCUCGGAGGGACGACGACAAAUGGCUGACUUUGCGUGACGGACAAAGGCUCAGACGGAUAGACAUGUGCGAUAUACUCAUUCUGCGCGAAUUGUCCUCAGAGAUGCAUCGUGUGUCGUUUGAAUUGAAAUCCACGAAUCCAUUUCGAAACAGGAUGGGAGGAGUUGGAGUUGUGAAAUUUAAGAAAAGGGUUCAAGGCGCGGAAAUUGUUGAGUUUGGACAUCGACGAUUUUCAAUCGUGUCACUUGAAUUCGAGGACGAUGGAGAUGUCGAGAAGAUACAGAGGGUGUUGGAGCGAGUUUAUGAAACUGCUCUUUCUCGACAUCGAGUUUGGUUUACACAACUCUUUGGAGUGGCUCGGUCAACGAUAACAACGCUGAUAUACCAUGAUGAGAUUGUCGAUGCGGAGACUGUUAUAAGGCGAUACUCGGAAACACCGAUUGUAUUGACCUACCUGAACUACAGAUAUUGGAAUUCAGUUUUCGACGUGCAAGGUGAUGGAACUUUACAGAAGUUGUCGAUUCUGAUUUCAACCGGGUGGAUGUUCAAUCUCAGGACUCGAUCAUUCCAGUAUGAUAUCCUAACCUCGGGAACCUCCGAAGAAGGCAAAGACGAGGACUACUUCGAUCGACCACCCCCACUUCUACGCGACUGCAAUCCCCUGCUCGAUUCCAAGGAGAUCAUCCGCGCUCUUCCAGACUUCCUGGAGAUGGUUUCGUCAUUUGGAGGGGAUCAUCCUGGAGGAUUUUUUGUCCAUCAUGACGUCCUAACAUUUGGCACGGUUAUUGAUCUCACAAGACCCGGAAUCCUCGCGUACUUUCCUUCCAUCUCGUCUCCUGUGUGGUCCUGUCAACCUUCUGUUGGUACUUCCGGGAUUGUUGCCAAGUAUUCUAAAUCAGUCCCUUCGCUAGUGGAUCUCACUUUUGUGAAGGAUAAGGACAAAUGUAAAAUGGUUGUUCGGUUCUCAUUACGACUACCAUUACAGGAGCAGCUUUGGACUGCCUACCUCGUGCAGUCAUUCCCUUUUUACAGCUCGUCCGGCGUUUCCAGUGAUUUGGUGUUUAUCGAUGACCUUGGCUUUGAACUCCGGGGGGCUUGCACGUCUGAUCCGUCAAGUUGCGAUCCACCAAAAUACCUACAUGUCCCGCCUCUUUUCCCCGAAUUGAUCAACGAUAUGCCCUGCCUUCACUGGCCACCAGAUGCCCGACUGUUUUACUGGUCCUUUGACCAUAGUGGCAGGACGGAGAUUGCAGAAGAGGACUGGGAGAAGUAUGGGAUUCCAAAGCUGAAAGUGGUGCCAUAUUUCGGGUCAAUAUGGUUUAAGGAGGAGUAUGAGGCAGCUCAGGAGUAUCUUUAUCUUAACAAGUAUGACUUGCAUGGCCGACAGUUUGCCAAUGAUCAUGGGUAUCCAACUCUAGUCGUAGGUGAUCCUCAUAUCCAGGCAAAGCCAAACAUGCAUACGGAAAAGAACAUGUACAAGUCGAUUUUAAGAAAGAAAGGGAAGGGCAAACAAUCAAAUGUCCACGAACCCAACUCGCAGAUCGAUGUGCAAGUGGGUCGUAUCGGAGAAGCACGCGUACGGGCCAUAGUCGAGAUUUCGGAUUGA